AUGUCAUAUAGCAACGGCUACACCAAUGGCAGCUACAGGACCAAUCGCUAUGAAGAUUUACAAGAGGAUAGCGAUUCAUUGGGAGGCAGCCGGCAACGCCGUGCUGGAGGUUAUGGAGGAUUCUAUGACGGCGCUCCCUCGGUCUCAGCAGAACCCCAGGCUCAGCCACCUCCACCCUCCUUUCGACGGCAAGGCACCGAUCACUCAACUGGAGGAACGGGGCUAUCGGUAUCGAGAACAAGGGAUAUCGACGGUUAUGAUACAAGUAGGAGUCGUGACAGAGGAGCGCGUGGUCAGAACGGUGCAAGGCAGCAUGGCAGUGGACCAGGAGGCAGACAGAUUGAAGGAGUUCUCGACCACAUACAUGAAAACUGGGAUAUCAUAACCAAGGAUGACUGUGUGCCUGUCCAUAUCGCACUGCAGUUGAUGGACUACAGCUCUCUUGGGCGCGGCAAUGAUUACCAAGACUUCCAACGGACAAAUAGACACCUGCAGAAAGCGCUCAAGGCAAUUGUGAACGAACACCAUCAAGGUUUCAACAGCUCCAUUGGAACUUUUCACAAGAUACAGGCCAGCAUCCAAGCAUCGCAAGGCCGUGUCCGGUCAUUGAGGGACUCAGUCCAAGGCGCAAAAUCCAGUCUAAUGGUCACGAAACCCGAGCUGAAAGGAUUGGGCUCGUCUUCGCAGAAAUAUGACGAUAUGCUGCAGAUCUUGGGACAGAUUGAGAAGCUACAGUUGGUCCCUGAAAAGCUGGACGCUCGGAUAUCAGACAAGCAUUUCCUACCCGCUGUUGAUCUUCUACAAGAUGCCUUGAGGAUCAUACGAAGAUCCGACAUGGAAAACAUUGGUGCCUUGACAGAUCUUCAGAUUUAUUUCAGUAACCAAGAGACCUCGUUGACUGACAUACUUAUCGAGGAGCUCCAUGAUCAUCUUUAUUUGAAGUCCCCUUAUUGCCAAGACCGUUGGAACCCAUAUACUGGAGAUUCGGCGAACAUUAGCGCAUCCGAAACAGGCAAGGUGUCGUUACCCAACACCUGGGGCAGGCCUUUGUAUCGAUUCUUGGACAAUCUCGAUACGACUUCGCCACUGGAAGACGAUGCAUCUCAAAACCCGGAGACCGACAGCUUUCACUACAUCCACAUGGUCAUCGAGUCGUUGAAUAAGCUGGGCCAUUUAGAUGUGGCGGUUGACCGCAUGGAGCAGCGACUUCCCGUCGAGCUGUUUGCCAUUGUCGAUAGAACCAACCAAGAGGUCGAUCUGCGCCACCCAGCGCAUAAGCGUGCGCCGCUUAACCCCGAGAAAAAACUUCUUGGAUCCACAUGGAAUGAUACGACUGGUGGGAGCGUUAUACUCAAUGACCUUUUGUGGACACUGUUCUCCAAAUUUGAAGCAAUUGCUGAAGGACAUCGGGCAUUUCAUGACGUUGUUGCAGGCAUUGUGAAGCGGGAAAGACUAGGGCAUCCCGAAAGUCUGACAAGGGGAUUCAAAGAGAUGUGGAAACUGUACCAAAGUGAGAUGCGAUCUUUGCUCCAUGAUUAUUUGGCAACGGACGAAAAUCCAUCGUAUAGGCUUGGUCGCCAGCCUGCCGCAGAAGCAAACAUGUUCCACAAGAAUCACCGAGAGAGAAACAAGCGUGUCUUCAAAUUGUCCGAGAUAGAUCAGAAGUCUGCCGAUUUGGCCGCGGAUCAACGAGAUCUUGACCAAAUACUCCAGGCUUCUGUACCCGGGCUAGUCUCUAAAUCACAGAGGCGGUCUGGGGUUUUGCAUAAUAACACCAACGUCACCACUGAUGGUCCGGUUGCGAGUCACAAGCUGCUUGUGGAUCCCAAUGUCUUCAACAUUAGCUCUCUUCUCCCACCAUCGUUGUCCUUCCUCCAGCGACUAAGAGAUAUCGUCCCUCAUGACUCGGGUAUCGCGAUGAGCACACUGACCUCGUUCCUUGAUGAGUUUCUCGUUAAUGUGUUCCAACCUCAGCUCGAGGAGACUGUCACGGAGUCGUGUACUCAGUCGUUCGCUGAGCUUGAUGCGUUUCAAAAAGAUUCCCAAUGGUCCCAGCACGCUGUUGUGCGGCCAAUAUUCAGAGGCACGUUUCAUUUCUCCACGUUAAUUAAGUCUUUCUGCAAAUUGCUCGAUACUAUACCCCCUGAUUUCGCUUCUACGCAAUUAAUAAUUACACAAAUGGUUGCUUAUUACGAUAAAUGCUGUGAAUGCUACAGAGCUCUGGUCAGAAGGCCACAGCUACAUGCACAGGAUGAGGUGCGAUUGAAGACCGCAGCCGCAUUGGCAGACUCAGGAGACUUUCGGGAAGUUGCCGAGAAAUUGUUGAAAGGCGUUGUCGAAGAGGAAGAACACGAUCUUUUCCAGAAGGAGGCCAAAUUGCUCAUCGCCAGGACCAAUGAGGAGCCGCUAGAUCCAUUCGAUAUUAUCUCCGAUCGACGAUCGGUCACAGCUCUCUGCUUAAUGUACUCUAGCAUGCAAUGGCUUGUAAUCCAGUUCCAGCAGCUUCGACGCAUUAUCCCGGAGUCUUCGCGAUCACACCGCGACUCAACGAAGCCUCAGCACACACGACAAUUAUCCCUUCUCAGUUCACCCCAGCGCGUCGACCCAAAUACCCCUAUAUAUCUCCCCAUGACCCAGGAAACCGUCGAAGCUUUCGACAGCAUCUUGGCCUCCAUGCGUACGCUUGCUAGUACAGCCCUCUUGACCCUCCACAUCGACAUACGCCUAGGCGUAAUCCACAUGCUCACUCGGACACUUCAUGCGCCUUACCUACUCGCCCAGCGAGCUCAGGAUCCGGAUCCUUCGAUUCUCUCCCUCAACGCUGACCUCCUCUCGUUCGCCGACAAUCUGACCACACAUCUCGACACUCCAGCCCAACAAUUCAUCACCAAUGGUCUUGCUCUGCUCAUCGAUACCUUACUUGUCUCCAACGCUUUCCAGAUCACAGCAGGCAUGAAUGAUCACGGAUGCGGCAGGAUGCAUCUCAAUAUCUUGGUCCUUUCACAAAACCUAAAAUCGAUUGAGACGAGCAGCGAUGACCAUCGUAAUGAGCUUGACCGCAGUGCGCGUUUCUAUGAUCUUUUCCUGGAGGGUGCAGACAGCAUCGUGGAGCGAGCAAAGGACCGUGGCGGAGAGGGAUUGGAAGGAUUUGACCUUGAAGAAUUGAAAGCGCUGGUGGAGCUGUGGUACAGAGAUGGCAUUGAGAGUGGAGCACGAGAGGUGCAAAUCAAGAGUAGGAGGGAGUUGGGUGACAAGCUGUUGGUGCUCAGUGAAUGUUUAUGGAAUAGGUAA